UUCAUUCCAUGUGAAUCAGAAGAAAUUCACCACGCUCCAAUCAUGGCGGAAAAUCUUUAUUAUACUCAUUUGUUUGAUGUCUGAUAACUCCACGGCAAACUUUCUGAAUAGUUGAAUGGAAACUCAGAUACGAUCAAGGAGGUAAGAGAUAUGCUGAUUCCGGUCUUUUGUUCCGAGAUCUCUUGUCAUCUUUUGUUUCGCUUAGUGACCAUUUUAUUAGUCGCUUUGAAAAAAUUUCUGAAAAUUCCAUUGGUAAUGCAAACGACGAAUAGAAACUUUGAGCGUGCGAUCGCUUAAGACUGAUAAACCUGUGACAUCCUGGUUUGGAUUUCAGAAGUUUCUGUAUUAUUCGUGUUUGAUUACAUAAACUUGUUUUGCACAUAGAAGGAAAUGUUCGCUCCCUUACACCAACAUCUACAAACGAUGCUUCGAAAAGAUUCGAUUAAUGGCGAAGAAUUGAGGUGAUUUGGAAGAAGUUUGCAAAGAACUAGGUAUAGAAGAAAACAUUUCAGAAGUAAUUGAGCAGCUUGGUGACGGCGAAACAGGGAAAAUAAGUUACGAGUCAUUUUGUCGCAACAAGUCACUUUUGGUACACGAGAUGAACACCGGACAGACUUCAAGUUCGGAUUCGAAUUCAGCUCCGGAAUUUUCCACUGAUACCGAGAGUAAUCUAAACCGGAUUAGCGGAAGUAAACAAAGGAAGAACCCGCCGGAAUCGAAAGCUGAAAAAUUAGCACGAAAAUCGGCCUCUUCAUACUCUAAAAGAAUGGCUGCUGGCUCCGGACAGCCUCAAAUACCAGUGUCCGGUGGUUAUGAUAUAGCGGACAGUCUCGACCCUUCUACGUUGCUGCAACUUCAGAACUUGCAAGUGAUUUCACCAAACCAGUCUGCUUCGCGGGAGCACCCAAAGGGGACAGAUUUUUUAGACAUUGCGAAUAGGUUACACUUAGCUGUACUGACGCAGUUAAAGAAUGAGAUAUUCGAAAGCAAUACGAGGCUCAAUCACGUGACCGCCGAAAGAGAUGGCCUUAAGAGCAAAUUGAAUCAGCUUUCGGCCGAGAAGCAAAGAAUGCAGAAGGAAUAUCAAGAGCGCCUCCAAUCUCAGAUGAUGAGAGUUACAGAACUUCAAAGUGUGAUUGCUGAGCUGACUAGAAAACUGAACGAGGCUACUGGAAACCGGAUUAUAGAAGAAGACGAAGAAAUAGAGGAGUCUCAAUGUUCAUCUGAUCUCGAGGCUGAAGAAGGUUUCUCAAACCGUUCCGAAGGUUCCAAUGCUUGUACAGAAUGCUCCUGCGGUGAGGCAGAAUGCGAGCAUCGCAUAAUCGACGCGGGUCCCAACCAAGUCAACUUCCUCGCAGCGACCAAUGAUAUUGCUCAAGAGGAAGUGACGUCACCGGAUGGUAUUGAUACGACGAUUUCCGAGAACCGGGAAGAUCAGUACGAUGUUCUCAAACGCGUUAUCGGGAAUCUGGAGUCGAUCACCGACAAGAAAAAGCCUGGUGAGGCUAAAAACGAGAAAGAGACAGACGUUGAUGCUGUUGUCAACUUUGAAACUACGAAAGAGGAGCUUGCUCAAGAAAUCCGUGCCACUGCGGAGGAACAAAGAAUUGGUAAGUUAUAUUUAUAUUGUGUGGAAGUAUGCAAACAAUUAUAUGUAAUGAGGUCUGGUGACUUGCUAUCGGAGAAACACCAUGUCUAUUUCCUGACCGCGUUUUGAUAAAGAGAUUCGAUAUCCAAAUGAAUGUGAAAAUGCGAGGCUGAUGACGUCAUAAUAUCCGAGUAGUGCUUAUUUCAACAAGGUUGAAAAGAAUGGCUCGGCAUAUAUGAGGGACUGUAUUUUAAUCGCAUGAUACAAAACUGGGGUAUACCCUUUCAGAUGGCCUCGCCUAUGAUGACGUCAUUGGGGUCUUACACAUGCUCCCUCUUACCAACUAACCUCCAUUCGUUCAAGUUACCA